AUUGAGGUUUAAAUCGGUAUGAAUUUACGUUUAUACCCUCCAACCUAAUAUAUAUUCCACAAAAUAAUAUUUUAUUUCUUAUAUUUCUGGUAAUAACAAAAAUAAAAUAAAAAUUACCAAACCUAGAACACACAAACACACAAAUCGGUGAUCCGAUCAUUAAACAAAGAUCAAUUCACCCCCAAAACAGGUUGUAACUGCCACACGGUUUUGAAGAAAAGGUUUCGGGUGAUUUGUUCAUAACUUCUAACCUAGCAUGAAGUUCCAAAAGGGGAGCAAAGUGGAGGUUAUGAACAAGACGGAGCUGCCUACAUCUUGGUGUGUUGCUGAAAUUGUUUCUGGGAAUCGGCAUACUUAUAAUCUGAGAUAUGAUUGUUACCCGGGUGUUGAAAAGGUGUCUAGGGAGUUUAUUAGGCCUUGUCCCCCUCUUUCAAACGAUUUUCAGAGUUGGAUAGCUGGUGAUAUUGUGGAAGUGUUUGAUGAUAAUGAUAAUUCAUGGAAAACUGCAACUGUUUGUAAAGUUACUGAUCAAGGUCACUUUUCUGUAAGGCCUCAUGGUUUCACCCAUGAAAGAAAUGUCCCAAAAUCCGAAAUCAGGACACGACAAUCCUGGCAAGAUGGACAUUGGGUUCCAAUUGUAAAGAUUUCAGGAAGCUAUGGAGACGUGAAUGCAAAAAAUUGUCAAGAAAACGACAAUGAUGUUGGAUUCCAGGAGUCUCGUGUGGUAUCUUCCAAAACCCUAAAAAGAGCUUCCCCCUUUUGCUCUUCUCCUGGAAAUGCCAAGAAACUGAAAGAAAACAGAAGAAGACUAAUUCCAAACCAAUCAUUGGAAAAGGUAGAUGCUUUUGGCUUUGCUUGCGCAAAUGAGAAAAAUUUAAACGGUUUUUAUGAACCAGAGAAAGAAAAAUUAAACGUGUUUGAUGGUUGUUCUCUUUCAAGAAUACCGGAGCCUGAUAAUACUGAUGAUACUGAUACUGAUACUGAUAACGACGAAUGCUCUGUUGGUAGUUGUAGCGUUUCUAGUUAUGGUCAAAAUAAGUCAACAAGUCCUUGUAAAGAAACCGAUAAUAUUCUUUCAAGUGAUGCUGAAUCUUUCAAUACUUCAACACCAAGUUGGGCAGAAAGUAUUCAUAGGUUAGAGUUACACGGAUAUCGGUCAACUUUAGAGGCGUUAUAUGCUUCUGGACCUUUAAGUUGGGAAAAAGAAGCAUUAUUGACCAAUCUUCGGAUUAAUCUUCAUAUCUCAAAUGAUGAACAUUUGACAGAGUUAAGGCAUUUAAUUUCUUCGGGAGCUGGUUUUCUUGAUUACCAGUGAAUAAAUAAACAUGUUUCUUUCUUUCUUUCUUUCUUUUUUCCUUUUUCCCACAUUGUAAGAAGUGACACAAGUUAUAUAUAUACAUAGGGUAGCUUCUUCUGUUGAAUCUCUACAAUUGUCUAUACAAUUGGAUUUUGUAAUUAGUGACCUAAUGUAACAAACUUCUACGAUGAAACGAAAUGUAUCCACCUCCAUCUUUUUUUUUUCUUCA